UCACUCCUCACUCGCUGGUUCUCUUUUUAUCCACUUUCUCCUCCUUCUCCGAUUUCCAAUUCCCUUUCCCUUUCUCUCUCCUUCGCCGAUUUCCUCUCUCUAACAUUCCCACACAACCAUGUCGCUGGGGAAGAGGCUCCGCCCUUCAAUCAACCGGACCUCCAGCCUCAAGGAGAUCAUCUUCGACGUCGGCGGCGGCGGCGGCGCUCCCGGAGAAGAUCCGCCACCGGAAAACCCUAACUCCGCCUUCGAUCCACGGCUUUUGGCCAUGCUCUCGCCGAGAAAUAAUCGGAGGCAUUCCGAUGAGUUUCCGCGGUCGCCUCAGUUCCUCCGAGCUUGCUGUCUCUGCCACCGCCGCCUCAUCCCCGGCCGAGACAUAUAUAUGUACAAGGGAGAAAGCGCGUUCUGUAGUGCAGAGUGCAGGCAGCAGCAGAUGAAUCAGGAUGAGGCGAAGGAGAAGCGUUUGAUGGCGCCGAAGAAUGGAGCCGCAGCGGUCGCAUCAGCUACCUCCACCGUAGCAAAAGUCUCUGCGAUUAAUGGCGAGACUGUCGCCGCCGUGUAGCCGCCGCAGAUAACUGUAGAUGUAAAGGCAGCCGCCACGCACGUGCCAGCUUUCUAUCAACGCGUAUAAAUACAAUAUUAUAUAUGUAUAUUUAUAAUAUAUAUAUAUAGAUGUUUAUGCAAACUUAACUGGGCAAAAAUUUUGGAGCUGCUGUAACAUUUAUGUUAAUAUUUCUCUUUGAUGGAAAUAUAUGUUUUAUGUGUAAAUAAGUUGAUUCGGUCUAAUUUUUAGUCAAAA